CUUUUUUUUUAUAUCUCCGACAUACCUCAAGAACGUCUUGAUUCUUCCGAGUCUUCUUCUCUUCACCGAUCCUUCAGCCGAAAAUUCUUCAAUUCUACGUCUUCGAAUCUUCAAGUCCUUAGUUUCAGCAAUUCAAGAAAUCUUGAUCCUAAGGUCUAGGUUCACAUAUGAGCUGCAAUGGCCGACCAGCCUAAUUUUUCUGCUGGAUACUCUGUUGGAAUCACCCCCUCCACCCCUGAGGCACAAUCACGUAGACCAGAUACCAAAUUGACUCCUCCUCCUUUCACCCCGCCCCCGGGUCCCAGAUUUGCACCACCCAAUGUGCAAACAAACCAACUACUUUCCCCUUCCAUCAAGCCCUCACAACUGUCUUUAUCUGCAAAUGGAAUUAGAACGGGGAGCUCUCCACAUUUGAGCACUCCGCCAGGACCUCCUGUAUUUUCUUCACCGGUACAACCUGCUGCAGUGCCAUUUCGAACAUCUCCAGCAACUCCUCAACCAGUUGCAUUCUCUGCAGUUCCAUCCUUAUCUGCCUCGCCCCCUUCAAACUUUUCAGAUGGGGCAAAUGAGUUUCAGCGUCAGGUUUUGAGUGACACAGAGGACAUGGUGUCACUUUCUGAUGCACCAAAUGUUCUACUCUCAGCACGUAAGGUACUGAAACAAAAGAAAUUGAUGAAUGUACCCAGCUUGGGUUUUGGGGCUUUGGUUUCUCCUGGGAGGGAGGUUUUGCUUGGUCCUCAAAUAAUUCAACGGGAUCCUCAUCGUUGUCAAAAUUGUGGAGCUUAUGCAAAUCUUUAUUGCAACAUCUUACUUGGAUCAGGGCAGUGGCAAUGUGUAAUUUGCCGAAAUCUGAAUGGAAGUGAAGGUGAAUACAUAGCUUCCAGUAAGGAAGAGCUUCUUAAUCUACCAGAGCUUGCAUUUCCAAUGGUUGAUUUUGUUCAAACUGGGAACAGAAGACCUGGUUUUGUUCCCGUGUCUGACUCAAGAAUGUCAGCACCUAUUGUUCUUGUAGUAGAUGAUUGUUUGGACGAACCCCAUCUCCAACAUUUACAGAGCUCCUUACAUGCAUUUGUAGACUCACUUUCUCCCACAACAAGAAUCGGGAUUGUAUCAUAUGGACGCACGGUUUCAGUGUAUGAUCUCUCUGAAGGAUCAAUUGCAUCUGCUGACUUAUUGCCUGGUAAUGUUUCUCCAAAUCAAGAAUCUUUGAAACAACUGGUUUAUGGAACCGGGGUUUAUUUGUCUCCUAUUCAUGCUUCCUUACCUGUGGCACACUCGAUAUUUUCAUCAUUGAGGCCAUAUAAGCUAAAUCUCCCUGAAGCAUCUAGAGAUCGUUGCAUGGGGGCUGCAAUAGAGGUUGCAUUGGCCAUUAUUCAAGGACCAUCCGCUGAAAUGUCACAGGGAGUUGUAAAAAAGCCUGGAGGUAGUAGUAGAAUCAUAGUCUGUGCUGGAGGACCAAACACGUAUGGUCCCGGUUCAGUCCCGCAUUCUUUUAGUCAUCCAAACUAUCCCCAUAUGGAAAAAACCGCAUUAAAGUGGAUGGAACAUUUGGGUCGUGAAGCUCAUAGGCGUAAUACACUAAUUGAUAUCUUAUGUGCUGGAACAUGCCCAGUAAGAGUUCCUAUUCUGCAACCCCUUGUGAAAGCAUCUGGCGGCAUUUUGAUUCUUCAUGACGACUUUGGUGAAGCUUUCGGUGUGAAUUUGCAGAGAGCAUCCACUCGGGCAGCGGGUUCUCAUGGUUUGAUGGAAAUCCGUUGUUCUGAUGAUAUAACGGUUUCUCAAGUUAUAGGCCCAGGAGAGGAGGCGCAUACAGAUAACCAUGAAGCUUUUAAGAACGAUAAUUCGGUCUCGAUACAAAUGCUAAGCGUGGAAGAAACACAGUGUUUUGCAGUGUCGAUGGAGACACAUGGAAAUAUCAAAAGCGAUUAUGUUUAUUUUCAAUUUGGGAUUUUCUUCUCGAAUUUAUAUCAAGCUGAUAUCAUAAGGGUGAUUACUGUUAGAUUGCCCACAGUGGAUAGUAUUUCAUCUUACCUUGAUAGUGUUCAAGAUGAAGUGGCUGCAGUCCUUAUUGCCAAAAGGAGUCUUUUGCGAGCCAAAAACUUCUCCGAUGCAAUUGAUGUGCGAAAGACGGUAGAUGAAAGAAUUAAAGACAUUACUAAUAGAUUUGGAUCCCAAUUGCCCAAGUCGAAGCUUUAUCAAUUUCCGAAGGAGCUAUCCUACUUACCUGAGUUACUAUUCCAUCUUAGGAGGGGUCCACUUUUAGGUAGCAUUCUUGGUCAUGAGGACGAAAGGUCUGUUUUGCGGGAUAUCUUUUUGAAUGCAUCCUUUGAUUUAUCUCUCCGAAUGGUGGCUCCUAGAUGUCUUAUGCACCGUGAAGGGGGCACUUUUGAGGAGCUGCCGGCUCAUGACCUUGCAAUGCAAUCUGAUGCAGCUGUUGUUCUUGAUCAUGGGACUGAUGUCUUUAUUUGGUUGGGUGCUGAACUUGCGGCCCAGGAAGGAAGAAGUGCAGCAGCUCUAGCGGCCUGCAGAACGUUGGCAGAAGAACUGACAGAGAUGAGAUUCCCAGCUCCUAGAAUUCUUGCAUUCAAAGAGGGCAGCUCUCAAGCAAGGUAUUUCGUGUCUCGGCUAAUCCCUGCACACAAGGACCCUCCCUAUGAGCAAGAAGCAAGAUUUCCGCAGCUUAGAACAUUGAGUACAGAAGAAAGAACAAAGUUGAAAAGCAGUUUUAUUCACUUUGAUGAACCAAGCUUCUGUGAAUGGAUGCGGAGUCUGAAAGUAUUGGCACCCGAACCAAGCUAAGCAUUUCAAAUUCAAUCCCAAACAAACAUCAAAAUUUCUCUUUUUUUCUUUCUUUGUUUUUGUUGAGCAGCUGGACAGAGCGGUUAGGAUUCGUUUUUUUCUAAUUUUGUUUACAUUUGAUUUGGGUGCCGAAAUGGGGCAAUGGAAGAAAUAAGUAGGAAGACAGGGAAACAGAAGAAAAGGAAGUUGACUUUUGAUCUUCAAAAUUAUGACUUUUCUAUGGAUGAUUGAUUCCCUUUGUCUUCUGGGCUUAAAUUUUUUGGCAGCUUUAGAUUCCUGCUUGUGGAAUGCCUUUGAAAUGUUGGAAACAAGAUGCAAUACCCCCAAACCAAAGGUUUAACAGU